AUGUCUUCCGACAAAGGACAGUUCGAGCAGGGCUUCCAGCCUGAUGUCCAGCACCAGCAGGUGCCUGGCCUACAGUCCAAGCUUGACCCCACGCCCAAAGUGGAUGAGCUUCCCACACCUGAAGGCGGCGCCGAAAAGUACAAAGCUGCCGGCAAGCUAAAGGGCAAGAAGGCCAUCAUCACCGGCGGUGACUCGGGCAUUGGCCGCUCAAUAGCAGUCUUGUUUGCUAUGGAGGGUGCCGACAGCUUCAUUGCCUACCUGCCCGAGGAAGAAAAGGACGCCCAAGAGACCAAGAAGAUGGUUGAAGAGAAGGGCCAAAAAUGCUAUACUCUCGCCAUCGAUCUCAAGCCAAAGGAAAACUGCAAGAAGGUCAUUGACGAGGCUGUCAAGGCCAUGGGCGGCAUUGAUAUCCUUGUUAACAACCACGCUUACCAGAUGAUGGUCAACGAUAUCAGCGACCUCUCCGAGGAUCAAUGGCUCCACACCUUCAACACCAACAUCCACCCAUUCUUCUUCCUCUCCAAGUACGCCCUGCCACACAUGAAGCGCGGCGCUACCAUCAUCAACAACGCCUCAAUCAACGCAUACAUCGGCCGCCCAGACCUCCUCGACUACACCUCUACCAAGGGCGCCAUCAUCUCUUUCACCCGUGGUCUGUCAAACCAGUACGUCGGAAAGGGUAUUCGCGUCAACGCUGUUGCCCCCGGCCCUGUCUGGACCCCACUCAUCCCAGCGACUAUGAACGAUGAGGCUAUCAAGCAGUUCACCGCGCCAAUCGGCAGGCCGUCGCAGCCUAGUGAGAUUGCUACUUGCUUUGUCUUCUUGGCCAGCAACGACAGCAGCUCCAUCAGCGGUCAGACUAUCCACGCCAACGGCGGCACCAUUGUCAAUGGUUAA